AAUGUCAAUCGUAUAUGAAACUGAGAAGAAAACCGAAGCGAUACACACUUCAUCAAACAUACCAUAUAAACGAAAGGGAAAAUCUUAUAAACUCAAUUCGAAUACACCAUAAAAAAAAGGAAAAGAGUCAAAGAAAACACGGAAAAUAAAUUGCGCAAAAAUUUUGUUUGUAUUUUAUAGAGACAAGACACGCAGAUUGAAAAUUUCAAUUUUUUGGCUGAAUAAUAAAUUGAAGUGCGAGAAUCGUGGUGGAGAGAGAGAAGAUAAAAAAAUAUAUAGAAGAAAUAGUGCUUUAGUAAAAAAACAGAGUGGUUGCAUCUCGAUAUGGAAGUGGGUGAGAGUGGUGAGAAGCGUCCAAAUUUUUCGGCGAUAAGCAGCAACAAUGGGCCGCUAAUUAAAUUGCCAACAAAUAGUUCAUCAAAACCAAGCGAUAUUCGAAAGCUUGUCAUCAAAAAUUUCAAAGUUAAACCAACACUACCCGAUAAUUAUCAGGAGAAAACAUGGGAGAAAUUGCAAAAGGCUGUUGUUGCAAUUCAAACAUCGAAAUCGAUCGAAUAUUCGUUGGAAGAAUUGUAUCAGGCUGUGGAAAAUAUGUGUAGUCACAAAAUGGACUCACAGCUGUACACUAAAUUGACUGCCCUUACCGAAUCACAUGUUAAAUUAAACAUCAAAACAUUUUUCGCCGAUACAAAUGACAAAUUGGUUUAUCUGAAGAAAAUGGACGAAUGCUGGCAAUCGCAUUGUCAACAAAUGAUUAUGAUUCGAAGUAUUUUUCUAUAUUUAGAUCGAACAUAUGUAUUGCAAAAUCCAACCGUACACUCAAUAUGGGAUAUGGGAUUAGAUCUCUUCCGUAGUCAUAUUGCGAUGAAUAGUACUGUGCAAAAGCGUACCGUCGAUGGUCUAUUGAUGCUUAUCGAAAAAGAACGAAACGGCGAUGCUGUUGAUCGAACGUUACUAAAAAGCCUUUUGCGAAUGUUGUCCGAUUUACAAAUUUAUCAGGAUGCAUUUGAGAAUAAUUUCUUGGUUGCAACAAAGAAUCUAUACCAAGCCGAAGGACAAAAGAAAAUGCAAGAGCUUGAAGUGCCCGAUUAUUUGCAGCACGUCGAUAAACGAUUGGCCGAAGAAAAUGAACGAUUGCUACACUAUCUUGAUCCAGUCACGAAGCCUCAAUUAAUUUACACGGUGGAAAAACAGCUAUUGUCCGAACAUUUGACUGGAAUUCUACACAAAGGAUUGGAAAAUUUGUUGGAAGAAAACCGUCUCAGCGAUUUAUCGUUAUUGUAUUCGCUAUUCAGUCGUGUUAAAAAUGGAUUAAACGAGUUAUGCGUUAAUUUUAAUUUAUACAUCAAGAAAAAAGGUCGUACGAUCGUCAUCGAUCCGGAAAAGGACAAAAGUAUGGUUCAGGAUUUGCUUGAUUUCAAAGAUAAAUUGGAUAAUAUUGUCCGCACAUGCUUUGAACACAAUGACAAAUAUGUGAAUUCAUUACGUGAAGCAUUCGAAUUUUUCGUAAAUCAGCGAUCAAACAAGCCUGCUGAACUAAUAGCUAAAUAUGUUGAUAUGAAAUUACGAUCGGGCAAUAAGGAGGCGACUGAAGAGGAAUUGGAACAAAUAUUAGAUAAAAUAAUGGUAUUGUUCCGGUUUAUUCAUGGCAAAGAUGUGUUUGAAGCGUUCUACAAAAAAGAUUUGGCAAAACGUUUGCUGGUAGGCAAAUCGGCAUCAGUCGAUGCUGAAAAGAGCAUGUUAUCGAAAUUGAAACAGGAAUGUGGUGGUGGUUUUACAUCGAAAUUGGAAGGAAUGUUCAAAGAUAUGGAAUUGAGUAAAGAUCUUAAUAUAGCAUUUAAGCAGCAUUGCACCAAUUCAGAACGUGAAUACACGUCAAUUGAUUUAACUGUAAAUAUAUUAACGAUGGGCUAUUGGCCCAGCUAUCCAGUGACGGAAGUAACGAUGCCAACACAAUUACUAGAACUACAAUCCGUUUUCAAUAAAUUCUAUCUGCAAAAGCAUACCGGUCGAAAAUUACAGUGGCAACCGACGCUCGGCCACUGUGUACUGAAAGCCACAUUCGAUCAAGGUCCAAAAGAUUUACAAGUUUCAUUAUUCCAAGCGUUGGUUUUGUUACUCUUCAACGACAAUGACACACUCACAUUCGAGGAAGUUAAAGCUGCGUCUGGUAUUGAGGAUGGAGAACUACGACGAACCCUGCAAUCGUUGGCUUGUGGAAAGGCGCGUGUAAUCACAAAAGUUCCACGCGGCCGUGAAGUGGAUGACAAAGACAAGUUCCAGUUCAACAAUGAAUUCACGAACAAAUUAUUCCGUAUCAAAAUCAAUCAAAUUCAAAUGAAAGAAACCACGGAAGAACAGAAGGCAACCGAAGAGCGUGUAUAUCAAGAUCGUCAAUAUCAAAUUGAUGCAGCUAUAGUUCGUAUCAUGAAAAUGCGAAAAACAUUGAGCCACAAUCUUCUCAUAAGUGAACUGUACAAACAAUUAACGUUCCCAGUCAAACCUGCCGAUCUGAAGAAACGUAUCGAAUCGUUGAUUGAUCGAGACUACAUGGAACGAGAUAAGGAUAAUCAAAAUCAAUACAAUUACGUUGCCUAAACACAUUUGAUUAUAAGCAUCACUGACUCUAACAGUAGUUCUUCACCAUUACGAAAUAAUAAUAAAAAAACACACACAGAGAUACAACGUUUGAUAUUAAAUGGAAUCUAAACGAAGAAUCGAGUUUGAGUGUUUGCAAAAGAGAUACAAAAUAAUCUUAUCCAAAAGCCGUCUAUUUUCCAUGCGUUUAUAGUGAAUAUACAUCAUUUCGGAUUAGAAGAGAAUGUUUUCGUAAUUUACUUUAUUAUUAAACUAAUUUUUUUUAAAUAUACGGCUUUUGGUUUUUGCUCACGCAAAUGGUAUUUUCGUGUGUAUUUGCAUGCAUCUACACAAAAUCACGUUCAAAAAAAAAAAAAAAAAAAAAAAAAAAAAAAAGCAAACGACGAUGAAACCAGGAUUACUCCAGGAGAAUACAAGUACACAAAAGGAACAAACAUUGCACGAAAAUUUUCGUUUAAAAUAUCAUAUAAUGAUCGUUGAUUUCGUGCUCAAAACCAGUGAUUUUUCCAUAAAUAAACCAUUGUAAAAUAAACAAAACUUUUUUUUAUUUUAAACAAUGUUUAUUAUUUACGGAUGAUAUAAGGCAAUAUUUUUGAAAAUUACAUUGGGGAUGGCACCUAUUUCUACCAAUGAAAACAUGGGCGAACAAAUGAAUCAUUUUGUUUUCUUCGUACAAUUAAUAGAGAAUAUAACAGAUUAAUUGCAACACAAAAAAAUCCUCAAUGUAUCAUUUGAAUCGAAUGAUUUGUCAUGAAUGAGGAAGCGAAUUAAAUCUUAAGAAGUAGCGAAAUAAAAAAAGACUUUUAAGAAUUCAAA